AUGCCACAUGACAUGUCAGACCCUGUUUCACGAUAUGAGGGGUAUGUUAAGGAACAUAACUUCGUCUUCGUCGUCUAUUACCGCGGGCACUGGUGUCCUUUCUGCAUGUCUUAUUUGAGAACCCUGCAAUCAAUUCUCCCUCACAUCACUGCGGCCGGGGGUAAAGCCAUUGCUGUUACUGCUGAGCCCGAGCAGCGCCUUGCAGACACGAUCAACGCUACGGGCUACAGUGGUGACAUAAUCGUCGACACUAAGAACAAGAUCGCAGCGGAUCUAAAACAACGGAUAAAUUUCAAUGUUGCCAUCUCGUCGAAGUCAGGAUACGAACAUGGCAUGGCACAACCGGCCAUUCUAGUAUUGAGAAACGACGGGACAGUGCUGUUCGAUUGGGCUAUUGUGCCUGGGGUGAUGAAUCUUGGUGGCGCUAAGGACCGCCCGGAUUUAAAUCAGGUCUGGGAGAAUGUGCUGGCGCGGUUGAAUGGACAGCCACUUGUGCACAAGAAAUACACCUUGCAGUCAUUUUGGAGUGUCGUGACGCAGAAGCUGUUCAGCUGA